CAGUGUGACCGCACUCCGUUGACACAAUUGAGGCAGUGUUGGCCAGCGCUGCACAGGCCAAUCGAUUACAGUUGGCGGCAAACAGCUGUGGGUCUAUCGAAAAUGGAGCAUGUGCAAAUCGAAACUAAAGAGCUGAUACACAAGCUCGUGAGCCUGAGCAUAACCGAAAAUGAGGAGGAAAUUUCGGCAGUACUUAAGAACCUACGGCUUUUGCUCACAAAAGGCAGGGAAAACCAAGAGACUUUGGCUGGAAGUGUGGAGUUCUCCAUCUUUUUACAUGCCGUGGCUUUCAAUCCAGUGAUGCGCACGGAGCAUCGGCUUAUACACAAUCUAUCUCUGCAGGUGCUAGCCAAUAGUGUGGUAAACAAUGAGACCACCCAAGCACUUAUCUGGAGUCAGCAUGGCUUGAAGAUCGCCGAACAAGCUUACGCUUCUCCCUUGGGAAGUUCGAAUAAUGUGCUCCUCAUGAUCAUGUACAACAUAUAUCUCAGUGGUCAUGGUCUUAUCACCGACUUGGUGGCACUUAAAACUUGUCUGCAGCUAUGGCGAGCUCUGAACGAGGCCCAGUGCACCUAUAACUUCGAGUACCUACACUUCUUUCUGGAGCACUUCAUUGUCCAGAAUGGACGAGCCUGCGUAGCUUGUUACCAGAAGCUGGAGACGGAAGAUCGUGUUGCUUUCCUCGACUACGUGGCCCACUAUCUGAGGGAAAACAGUCCCAAUGGUGAUGUUACGUUGUUUUUGCUGCAGCACUUUGCCAAAGAAUUCCGCAUGAAAUCCGAUUGCCUCCUGCGCGAAACGAUGAAGCUUAAGCAUGAGCUUCAUCCUCGUGAAGUUCACACCUUACUGCGCAUCAUCGCAAGUGCAAGCGGCUCUGAGAAGUAUGCCAAUGUGUAUUCCAACGACCAAUCGCUGUUCAUCAACGUGAGCAGCCUGCUGAGAUGCAUUGUGUCUGCUGGCAAGGAACCGGAUGGAGGCGGCCUUGAUAAGCCCAUGACGAAGCUGGAGGAGGUGGCACUCACUUCGGACACUGAUGCGGGCUACGAGAAAAAGGUGUCCUAUGAACUCAAAACGCUACUCGUACGCUGCUCCGCCAAUCUUCUGUAUGACAACAAGGCCAACAAGGGAUACUGCCUGGACACACAGCUGCUGCCCACGCUUCUUGAAUGCACAACGAUGGAUGCUCGAAAUCCGUUGAUGAAGGAGUGGAGCAUCCUGGCCAUCCGAAACGCCUGCAUCAACUGUCCGGAGGCGCAACAGGUGAUCGCAGGCUUGACUAUGCAGGGCUCCGCGCCCAACGACAUCCUCACCGAACUCAACCUGGACAUGGGAGCACUCCGCAUCUCUGACAGGCAGCAAUAGUUUAGAUGGCCCAGCAUACUGCUUA